ACAUCCGUCUACACAUUCUUCUGUUCGGAAAGUUGGACGUUUAAUGGAAGGGGAGUUAGAGAGUUUGUUUACAGAAGAGUCGUGGUAUCUGGAGAGCGUCAGACUCUUAUCUGUGUGCUUGUGUAAUCGGCGCAGUCGUAUAAACACACGCAGGGCUGUCUCUCCCGCAGUUCCGCCCGCAGCAAGCCAUGAGCUGGUCCCUGUGUGCUGUCGUCAUCGUCCUGUCGCUGCUCCAGGGGUCCCCCGCCGUCGGGGGCCCCCAAACCCAGGAUCACAACAGCACCCAUCACCACGGCGAACGGGGUGACGUCUUUAACCACACUGCGCUGACAGGACAGGACAUGUCUGCAGUGGAGCUGAACCCAGCACACUACCCUGCCAGCAGAGCUGCUGCAGUCGCCCUGCACUACCUCAACACCCAGCACGGCUCCCCCUACAGGUGGCUGGGGCUAGUGCGCGUCCUGAGAGCCACACUGGAGGAAGUGGGCGAUAAAGGCAGGAAGUACAAUGUGACAUUCUCAGUGAACGACACGGUGUCUGAUCAAUCUGCAGGUGUGUGCUCAUCAGAGGUGCUGUUUCCAGCCAAUGAGGAGCAGGCACCACCCCAUCUGGCCCCGCCCUCUCAGGCCCCGCCUCAGGUGCACUGCUCCUGUGAAGAGCUGCUCAAGACCAAUACCACCGAAGAAGAGCAGGCUCUCUACCUGCAGCUGAAGAGCAACAGCAGCCUGGUGACCAGCCAGCACCUGCCAGACAGCUACGGCAACAUGGCUCCAGAGAUGAAACCAUUCUGGCAUCUGGGGGGCGUGGCCUCCAGCUUUGUGAUGCUGAAAUCAUCCAAUGAGAGCAGCCUGUACAACAUGGCCCAGGUGGCUAACGUCACACAACUGGAAACCCAGAAUGACACACUGAUGUUCCAGUACCACGUCCUGCUCCACGAAAUGGUGUCUCAGGAGAUAAUCCACUGGAAGCUGCAGGUCUCCUGGUGUCCAGCAGAGGGAGUGAGAGUGCUCAACGCAGAGUGGCAGCCAAAAUGCCAGCACUGUGUAGUGCCUCCAACCAACAUCACAAGCCUCACACCACCCCCACUGCAACCGCACCCAAACACCACCCAGAUACCCCCAUCCUAACGCCCCUACCCCACCGCAAGACCGCCCAAACACCACCCAGAUACCCGCAUCCUAAAGCCACAAGCUUAACGCUACCCCAAAACCACCGCACCCUAAACACUAAAACAACCAUCUCAACACCAGCAACCUACACCCCAACAUCUGAGCUACUCACACACACUCAUACACACACGUACGCACACUCACACACUCGCAAACAGACACUCAUACACACACACACACACACUCACACACACACACACCGCUCAUUCUUGCAAUACUGUUUACCUCAGCACUGAUGGUACAGAACUGUAAGACCAGUGAGUGGGGUGGGGUGUGGGGGGGAGCUGGGGGCAGAUGGAGGAGAGUGGGGUACUGCAGCAGGGCAGAUUCACAGCGUUCUGCACCCUGCCACAGUGUGUGACAGCAAGACGACCUGAAGCCCGUUCACUGUGUAAAAACUACACUGCUGGAGCAAUAACUUCCCAAUAAAAACACAACCCUCUGAA